UAUUUUAAUAAUACUUCUUAUCACCGUGACCACUAGCAUGCAGGAUUCCAAUACAAAUAUAAGCGAUGAAAAUUUCGCCAGAAGCUCAGAAAACUUUGGCUUUAAACUGUUCUUUGAAGUCGGCAAAGCCAAUGCCAGAAAAAAUAUUAUUUUUUCACCAUUUUCUCUUCAAACUUGCCUGGCAAUGGCUCGUGUGGGUGCUGCUGGAGAAACUGCUGCCGAAAUGGACAGGGCUAUGGGCUUUCCCCAAAUGAAGGAGGAAGCUUUGGCCGACAAAUACUACGACAUUUUAUCCAAAUAUGCCAAUAGCAAAAUCUUGAAAAUUGCCAACAAGAUAUAUGUCAUGAAGGGCUAUUCACUCAAGCCAAACUAUAAUGAGUUGCUUGCAAAUAAAUUUUUAUCAGCGGCAGAAAAUAUUAAUUUUUCCCAAAACAUUCAAGCAGCCAAGGACAUAAACUCUUGGGUUGAAUCGAAAACGAAUCGUUUGAUCACUGACAUUAUAUCACCCAAUUUAUUGAGUGGUGAUACUCGCAUGGUAUUGUUAAACGCCAUACACUUCAAGGGGAAUUGGGUGAUACCGUUCCCAGAAACAGGUACGCGAGACAAAGACUUCCAUUUGGAUGACAGAAAUGAUGUCAAAGUAAAAAUGAUGCGUGUAAAUGGUAAAUUCCGCUAUGGCGAAUUCGAGCAUUUGGAUGCGACUGCAUUGGAAAUGCGUUAUAAAGAUUCUGAUCUAUCCAUGUUGGUGUUGUUGCCCAAGUCUCGCAAUGGCUUAGCCCAAAUGGAAGAAAAACUGAAGACCAUAUCGUUGAAUGAGUUGGUCAAGCGAAUGUACACUACAGAGGUCAUUGUAGAUUUUCCCAAAUUUAGGAGUGAAUUUAGUGUGACAUUAAAUGAUGCUCUCCAGAAGUUGGGCAUGAGGCGCAUGUUUUCUGGAGAUGCCAAUUUUAGCCGAAUGUUACAAUCAUCAGAGAAUUUGUCCAUUUCCACUGUCGUACAUAAGGCUUUCAUUGAGGUUAACGAAAUUGGCACAGAAGCUGCAGCAUCAACAGGUAUGGGCGUCGCUAUGAUGACAAGUGUUUCAAUAGGCCCCAUAAGGCCUCCUAAAAUAUUCAAUGCAGAUCAUCCUUUCUACUAUUUUCUAAAGAACUCAAAAGGGAUAUACUUGAUCCAGGGUUCUCAAAUAAGUUUUAGAUAA